AUGGGCAAGACAGUUUUGGCAUCACUCUUAGCACAACCUUACCUUCAAGAAACAAUCAAGUUGAAGCAGAAGCAAGACUCGGUGUUGGCAAGACUUACAGAGCAUAUCAAAAAGGGAAAAGCACUUGAUCUUCAAAUAAAUGAUAACGGGAUCCUAUGGGUGAAAGGAAGGUUGUGGGUGCCUGACAUUGAUAAUCUUCGACAAGAAGUAAUGUGUGAGGCCCAUAAAUCAAAAUUCUCGGUCCACCCUGGCAGUACAAAGAUGUAUAUGGAUUUGAAGAAGAACUUCUGGUGGAGCGGAAUGAAGAAAGAUGUCAGGGAAUUUGUCUCUAGGUGCCUAGUCACUCUCAUCAUGGCUUAUCAUCCUCAGAGCGAUGGCCAAACUAAGAGGACAAUACAAACACUUGAAGACAUGCUAAGAGCAUGUGCUUUGGAGUUCAACAGUAAUUGGAGUGAGCACCUGCCCUUAAUCGAGUUUGCCUAUAAUAACAGUUAUCAUAACAACAUUGGAAUGGUCCCAUACGAGGCUCUAUAUGGGCGCAAGUGUUGGUCACCACUAUAUUGGGAUGAAGUAGGAGAGAAAGCUAUCACUGGACCUGAGCUUAUCUAA